CUGUACAGGGACGUGAUGUGGAGACCUACUGGAACCUGGUCUCGCUGGACGUGGAGACUAGACCUGACACGAAGGAACUGGACCCACAGGAGGACGAUUGGGAAGACAGACCAUCUGUUGUGGUUGUUGCAGAAGGACCCAUGAAGAAUGGUGCCCGGAGUUACCCCUGUGAAGGAGCAGGGACACAGGGUGACUGGAUGGGGUGGCAACAGGAGAGUCCAGGAACCUGUCUGGGGAAUUUGGACAUAUCCCAAGCAUUAGCCCCUGAAUAUUGUGAGUUUAAGACAUUUGUCCACCAAAGCCCCACGUGGGCCACAAUGAUAUCAGAGGGACAUAGGGGAGCGGAGACACACCCAUUCACCGUGUGUGGGAAGGACUCAGGUACUUCAGUCCUCGUUCCUCUCUCCACCCUCAAUGCAGAGAAGAAGCCAUACGAGUGUGGGGAAUGUGGCAAGGCCUUCAGCUACAACUCAUCCCUGAGGAUGCAUCAGCGAAUCCACACUGGGGAGAAGCUCUUGUCAUGCCACACGUGUGGGAAGCAGUUCACCCAGCAGUCAUCCCGUACCGUCCACCAGCGUGUGCACACCGGGGAGAAACCUUACACGUGUGGGGACUGUGGCAAGGCCUUCAUGCUGAAGGUGAACAUCAUCCAGCACCAGAGAACGCAUACCGGGGAGAAACCGUAUGUGUGCGGGGAGUGCGGCAAGGCCUUCAGGCUGAAGGCGCACAUCAUCUUACACCAAAGGACGCACACUGAGGAGAAGCCAUUCACGUGUGGGGACUGUGGCAAGGCCUUCAGACAGAAAGGGAAUCUCAAAGAGCACCAGAGGAUGCACAGCGGGGCAAAGGCAUAUGUGUGUGGGGACUGUGGCAAGUCCUUUAGCCAAAAGACGUACAUCAUCCGGCACCAGAGGACUCAUACUGGGGAGAAGCCGUACCAGUGUGGAGACUGUGGCAAGUCCUUCAGCCGGAAGGAGACCCUCAAAGAACAUGAGUGGACACACAAUGGAGAGAAGCUGUACCUGUGUGAGUAUUGUGGAAAGGCCUUCAUUCAGAAAAGGCUCCUUAUCCGGCACCAGAGGACACACGCUGGCAAGAAGCCAUUCAUGUGUGACAAUUGCGGUGAGGCCUUCAGACAGAAAGGGAACCUCAUCCUGCACCAGAGGAUGCACACUAGGGAGAAUCCAUACGUGUGUGGGGACUGUGGCAAGGCCUUCAGUCAGAACGAGUACCUCAUCCUGCACCAGAGUACUCACACUGAGGAGAAGCCAUACAUAUGCAGUCAGUGCGGCAAGGCCUUCAGACAGCACUUCUCCCUCAGGGUGCACCAGCGUGUGCACACUGGAGAGAAGCCCUACAAGUGCAGCCAGUGUGGCAAGGCCUUUAGCCAAAAGUCCUCGCUGAGGACACAUUGGCGCGUACACACUGGAGAGAAGCCCUAUAAGUGCAGCCAGUGCAGUAAAACCUUCAGCAAAAACUGCUCUCUCAGGAAGCACAGGCACGUACACAUUGAGAAGUAGCCCUACCAAUGCUCCCUCUGCCAGAAGCACUCCAUGACACACUUGUCCCUGCAGGAAAAUGUGACCAGCCACCUCUGAGGAGAACCUUUGUAAGAAUGGCCGGUGCAGCACAGCCUUAAUCAGGAACUUCUUGCUUUCUGUCUACUGGAGGAUCCACAUGGGAGAGAAGCCCUGCCUGUGUGACAUGUGGGGGGAACCUUCAGCAGGAACUUAAACCUCACCAGACACAUGGCAGGGAGGUGUGGAGCUCCGAAUCCACACCC